AUGGGUGAACUUUAUCUUCCGCAUGAGAUCUUGCAAUACAUCGUUUGGCAGGUUUGUUCUUCCCUUGGUUGUUUCCUCAUUUCCACUUUGGGACAAUUUCCCUUCCCAGAAAGGUAACACGGGGCUUACCUUCUGUUUCUCUCGCUUUCCCUUUAAUCCAGGUGCCCUCUGGGGAUCGUGUCACCCUCUCCCGUCUAUGUCUCGCAUCUAGCUCUCUGUAUCAUUUCGCGGCACCACGGCUGUACCGUUCUCUAUACCUCAAUUUCGAGGGGAAAGAAAGGUCCGGACUCGACCUGCUUGACACGCUCUUGGAGCCUGGGUAUGACGCUAGAUGGGGGAGGUGGGUCAAGUCCGUCAGUGUGACGGCGCUGAAGAAUUCGGUUGAAAUGCACGAGAGGCAGAAUGUUUGUGGGUCCCUGGCGAAGGUUUUGAGCAAGAUUGAACUUGGGAGCUUGGAUAAGUUCAGGUUUGUUUGCUUCUUCCUCUUCUACUUUUUAGAGUUAAGUGAGGGGAGGUUUUUGGGUAUCUGUGGGAAAUUAUCGCUGGUGGUUAACAGGCGUGCCCCUGGGUUUGGGGGUGAAUACAGUUGGAGUGCCUGCUUUGCGCCUCAUAAACAGGUUGUUGAUGCCUUGGUCAAGCAUAAGAAAUUGCGGUGUCUUCAGGUUUCCUUCCCCUUUGAUCCUCAUCGCGGCCCGGACGAUGGAGUGGAGACCGACACUAUUUUCAAGGCGCUCCCGGAGGAGAACUGCCAUAAUCUGGACACACUGGAGAUUAGAAAGGCUUGGACCAAAGAACAGAUGACUGCUGCUGCCAAAGCUAUAGGAUCCCCUGGGUUAAAGAAUCUAACACUCCAUAUGUCCUACUUUUUCGACUGGGACUUGGAGAAUGAAUUUAGCAGACUGCCCCCCAGGCCUAAUGAUGAAAGGUCGAAGCUGGUCUUGAUUGACCUGUCUGGGAUCAGCUUGUGCAAUGCACAGUCAAUCAUUGAUAGUUACUUUAAUCCCUCGACGCUGCGUAAGCUAGAGCUACGGGACUGCGUUGGUUACGAAAACGUGUGCCUCGCACUCUCGCAGCACUCCAGCGUCCUUGAAAUCGAGGAGCUGGUGCUUACAUCCUGGGAAGAUUGUGGUGAUGUCUCCAAUAUUAUACGACUCGUCGCCAAAUGCAAACGCCUCAAGGUCCUAUGUCUGGAUCUGAGUUCUUUUACUGAUGAAGGCAUACUAAAGCUGGUACCAGCAUUUUCGGAAUCCGGAAAGACGUUAGAGGUCCUAUCGCUCUGUCUGAGAAACAACCAAGACUGGCAUGGUGAAUCAUUAUACUACCCCCUGAAGGCCCUACACGUCAUGAAAAGCUUUGAGAAUCUUCGGGAGAUUGGAAUGAGCUAUGCCAUUCAUCCGACAGAUGUAUGCAACAGACCCUCCAUCUGACCUUUUUUGCUGAUUUCUUUUCUUUCGUUUCUGCCUUUCCGUUUUUUUUUUUUUAACGCCCAUGAAUGAAAUCUGUUUCAUGAACGUUCUUGCUGAGACUUUACCCCUACCUCCCCCGUCUUUCUUUGGUCCUUCUCGAUUCACUAGCUCCACAAAAUCGUCCCGACUCUUCCGCCCAGCGUGCGCGCCGCUGACCUACGCUUCCCGUGGAUCUGGGUCGCCGAGAGCAAAUUGCACAUGACAUCUAACAUCUCCGCCCUUGCCGAAGCUCUUCCCGUCGGGAAUGGCCUUACGCAUGUGAUUGUCGGUGAUGGUGAUGACUCUGCUGAUCCGCUUGCGUUCAAGACGACUCCUACUGUGCAUGAGAUGGCGAAGUGGGAGAUGACAGAGUUGAGGGAGCUUAGGCUUAAAUGUUUUCGUUCUGAUUGGUUCUCGUGGGAAGCGAUUGGUGGAUGAUUCCAUUGGAGUAAUGGUAGGUUGGGCAGGGUAGCUAUUACUUUUUUGUGCUGUAAGCUGUAAAUUAUACUUUUUUUUUUCUUUUCGCGUUUCCCUCCCCCCCCCCCUUGUUUUAUACUGGUUUCUAGUCUUUUCUGUUCGUUCUCUUUCCCUCCGGCUUUCAUCAUCUUAUUUUUCUGCAGUAGUGCAUGAUGGGGUCCAGAUCGCCAGGGGCAGAUGCAGAGGUUUUUAGGGACAGGGACAGAAUAACAUAGCAGACGCCCGCUUUUUUUUCUUCGCAUAGAAGCAGCAGAGGAAGGGGGGACACCUGAAGUCGAUCUGGAACGGACGGGUAAUGUCAUAGCAACAGGCGUGCAUUGCAUUUUCUUUUCAUUUUUUCACUUUUUCAUUUUUCCGUUUUCAUUUUCAUCUUUACCCCCAUACCUAUUUCCCUUUGCUUGCUCGCUUUGCUUCCAUUGUUACCCAUCACAUUACAUUACCCUAGGCGUAUUCAUUCAUUCAUCCAUACACAUGCAUAUAAUACGGAAUGAGUUAAUCCUUCUGGCAUUUUCAAUUGGAGCAAAUUCAUUCAUUCACAUUGAUCCACACCCAUCCAUCAAUGCAGAGCACGGCACGGCGCCGGACUGUUCUCGAGUACCGGCACUCGAACACUUUACCGUCCUGUAAUGUGAUUGCGCCAUGCACGCAGCAUGCAUUCCCCAUGUACUGUACGACGGACCACGGAGCGACUGCGAUAUAAAUAUGACAGGGCCGACUCGCGAACGCAGCGCGAGUAUACCGUAGUAACUUACGGUACUGUAUCGAGGACAAGGGUCGGCGUGCAUUCCUUCCCCAUUCUAGAAUAUGAAACUUGCAGUGCACUGCACAGCACUCGAGCGCCGUAUGCGACGGCUAAUUCACAGUCUUUGCUAUACGAUACUCGUUGUCGGGUAUGAUAGCUCUUGUAUCAUACGCGGUAAGGAAUGAUAAUAUCAGGAGUCAGGACCCUCCGUACUCCCGGAAUCACUAU